GCGAGUCCGGGCGCCGCGUUACACUUCUGAGCGGCUUCGGGAAGCACAGGGCAGGGGAGUGUGUGCCCAGAGCGGGGGACAGGAGGCCGGCCCAGCUCCUGUGCCAGCCCAGGGACAUACCUAGAAGCCUAGAUCAGGGUGAUGAUGGUGCGUUCUGGCGCUCACGUGUGGGCAGACUCACCGGCGGGUCUAUGUGCUGUGGAGGCACCUGUCUUGUGAGUGGCUCCGGGCGUGGCUGCCCUUCGGACGUUCAGUUCCUGAAGAUUUACCUCUAGGGGCCUACCUUCCCCGAGCUCCGGAGGGGAACCUGAGAAGUUUAACGGAGCCGGGACUGAGCAGAUUACGAGGGGAACAGCGGCUGGGCCGGAGAGGGUGGGACUGCGGGUGCCAGGGGGGGGAAGGAAACCACCUAUUUGCCCCGUCGUCCGGCCCUAGGGCCUUUUGGCAAGACUGGCAUGACCAAAGUGGCCCUGAAAUGUCUAGAAAGCCCAGACAAUGAUGAUCACUGAGUGAGUGGCACUGGACUGAGCCUGGGCGGCUUGUUGACUGACGGAGAGGGAUGCUAGGGAGGAAACUCAGGAUGGGGACCAUCUGUUCCCCCAUCCCCAGCGGGACAAAGACCUCAUCGGACGUCUGCAAUGCCGACUGGAUGGCCUCGCUGCCCCCUCACCUCCACAACGUCCCCCUUUCCAAUCUGGCAAUCCCAGGCUCCCAUGAUUCGUUCAGCUACUGGGUAGAUGAGAAAUCCCCAGUGGGGCCUGACCAAACCCGAGCUGUCAUGCGCCUUGCCAGGAUCUCCUUGGUGAAGAAGCUAAUGAAGAAAUGGUCUGUGACUCAGAACCUGACCUUCCGAGAGCAGCUCGACGCUGGGAUCCGCUACUUUGACCUGCGUGUGUCCUCCAAGCCAGGGGAUACCGACCAGGAGAUCUACUUCAUCCACGGACUUUUUGGCAUCAAGGUCUGGGAUGGGCUGAUGGAGAUUGACUCGUUUCUUACGCAGCACCCCCGAGAGAUUGUCUUCCUGGAUUUCAACCACUUCUACGCCAUGGAUGAGGCCCAUCACAAAUAUCUGGUUCACCGGAUGCAGGAGGCCUUUGGAAACAAGCUGUGCUCUGCCUGCAAUGUGGAGAGUCUGACCCUGCAGAUCCUGUGGGAGAAGAAGUGCCAGGUUCUUAUUUUCUAUCACUGCCCCUUCUACAAGCAAUACCCCUUCUUGUGGCCUGGAAAGAAGAUCCCAGCACCCUGGGCAAAUACCACCAGUGUGCGCAAACUAAUCCUCUUCUUGGAGACCACUCUGAGUGAGCGGGCCCCACGUGGCUCCUUCCAUGUCUCUCAAGCGAUUCUCACCCCCAGAGCAAAGACCAUCGCCCGAGGCCUGGUCGGUGGCCUCAAGAACACACUGGUUCACAGGAACCUUCCUGUCAUCCUGGACUGGGUAAAAACUCAGAAGCCUGGAACCAUGGGUGUCAACAUCAUCACGUCUGACUUUGUGGACCUGGUGGACUUUGCCACGACUGUCAUUGAAUUGAAUGACCUCCUACAGGAGGAUAGAGCUUUGGCUAAAUGCUGAUUCAAUUUUUAUUUAUCUUAAUAUUGAAUCUUUUGAUCCAGGCUAGAGUUCUGAAGGGUUUUCUGUUAGGAUGGCCCCUGGGCAGUGAUGGUGAAGUGAAUAGAAGGAGAAGGAGGAUGUUUUUUCUUUUUCCCCUCCUCACAGGGCCAUUUGGAUAAAAUUGAAGAUCUUUUCAUUGCAUUUUUCCCAGUGAGACUUUUGAAAAACUUAAGUCCAAGGGAAGAAAGCAUGUUUCAUGAGAUCGAGGAGAGGAUCUCCUCAAUGGUUUAUGAUGUUGAAUGUUAUAUGGAAAUGGAGUCUCCAAGAUACAUUGGGGUAUUGUGUGUCCUCCCACUAGGCCUAGUUCCCUUUUGUCUUCCAGGAUGUUGUGUUUGAGUCAGUGAGAAAACUGAACCAGAAAAGCAUUCCUGGUCAAAAGAAUGACUCCUUGUAGGUGUAGACUGCCCUGUGCGGUGGCUCUACUAUCAAGCUUGGGCUUUGAGGGGAGAAAGGGCCAAGCACCAGUUCUCUCUAGACAUGUUGAAUGUCACCACUUCAUCCCUGAGAGAGUAAGACAUUUAUCACCAAAGUAUUUCAGCUACAAGCUGUUCUUGCAUAGCUUAUCCUUGGUAAUUAGUCAACUUCAUUCUUCAGAUAAACAGUGCAGACUGCCGUUGGUGUCAGAAAUGUGUUUCCCACUUUUAAAGCAUUGAUUCCUUUCUCUUUGUUUUGGCCUCUUCUUAAAAGUGAAAGGAACAAGGACCAGAGAUAUUUUCAUUGUGGGGCCCAACAAUAGACAAACAUGCAUGUUUGUUGCACGCCAGAUUUUUUAAAAAGUUUAAUUCUGUAGCUUUUCCCAAAAUGGCUGCCAGGUAAGCACCUCCAUCAUUUGGACAAAAUCGUCUUCAGAGUAGGAUCUUCAAGCCAGAUCUUGGAGUUGCAUUUCUUUGUUGUCUGCCUUGGACUCGGGUCUAUGCCAUGGGACACAAUGCUAAUGGAAGAGAGCUUGUCUGUGACACCGCAGCGGCAGACACAGGAUGCAUGGAAAGUGCAACGGAUUUAAGGAGGACCCGCCAAGUGAGUUUGGAGCCAUUCUGUAACUCCUUGAAAACAAGACUACCUCGGGGGACAUUUAGGAUGACUUGGAUGUCGUUGAGUGAGAAAUACCCAGUGUUGGAACAUUUCCAGUUUGUGUCUUCCUUGUGCUGAGCCUAGUAAUCACCACUGCAUGAGGGCUUUGAAACUCACAAGGGGAUUUUUUUUUUAUUAUUGAUAAGAGGUGCUUAUCCAUAAAAAGCUCUCUUGUGUUUUA